AGAAAGACAAAAGGGGUAUCAAUAUGUCUAAUAUAUGCGUGGUGCUACUUUCCAGUAUGAGACACUGGAAAUAAUCUCCACCCCUCUCUAUAUAUUAGCAAUUUAGCAUUUACUCUCUGUCUCUCUGUCACUCUGUCUCUUUCUAUCUAGCUCUAACAUGGGAAGUUGCAUGAGUGGUAGUACUAAGACUUCAGCAGAUCAGAAUGAGAAAGAUGAGGAGGUGGCGAAGGUAGAAGAAGUGGUUGAACAAAGAGAAUCAUUUACAGGAUCCAAGUCAAAACCAGUGACACUACUGCAGGUAGAUGGUGGUCAUAAGAAGAAGAUGGUGAGGUUCAAGCUCCAAGAAGAUGAUAAUGUUGGUGGAGGAAGUACUGAGGGUGAUUCUAGAAGUGGGGUUGUGAGGAUUCGAGUGGUGGUGACCCUGAAAGAGUUGAAACAGAUACUGGAUUCGAAGGAGAGCUCCAAGUAUUCUUCCGUGGAGGAAUUGGUAAGGGAGAUGAAUUUGAAAGGAAGGAGGAUUUGUAGAUCUAGAACAAGUUAUGGGCCCAUAGAUAAUAGUCAGGGACCAGCUCUGGAGAGCAUUUCAGAGCUCCACUAAGGUCAAGUGGUUUAAUGAGCAGAUAAGAGACGUGCCAAGCCAUAUCCUUUUCAGUCCAAGCUAAGACGUGCCAAGACACUAACACCAUCAACCUUAAUUAAGACCUCAAGAGAAGGAUUGUGGUAGAGGAGCCCCUCCUCUAAACAUCCUCCAUUAAUAGAGUUCAUCAAAUUUGUAUAUAAGUGUUAGAUCUAUGAAAAGAUCUUAUAAACUAACGUAACUUCAUAUGAUAAAUUAGAUUUAUUUUAUAAUAAAAAAUGUUCUAUUAUAACAUACCAUAUUAGUUUUUUUUUUUUUUUUUUUUUUUCCAUAUAAGAUCCUUUUGUAGACCUUAGUACACGUGCCAGCUUCCUAUUCUUUAGUUUCUAUUUAUGGAGUUCUUGUUGAUUGACAACAAUGAUAAUGAUGAUAAAGACAGUAGUAACUUAUUCUUCUUACAACUCCGAUGGUUCUCUUAAUGUGAUACCAUCAUGAAGUGUCACUACGAUGGUAUAACGUAUUUUGUUAAAAAGAAAAUACAAAAGCGAUAAUUUUCUUCCUAGAAGACUUACAAGUUUGUUGUGCUUUGACAAAUGUUCUUUAUCUUAUGUGCGAUU